CGUGUGACACGUUACCUGACUGGCGGAUUAGUCGAUCGUCACAACCAGGACAGGUACUGGGUCGCCGUUCGAUGAGUCGGGCACGGCACACCAAUCGCUCAGGUGUGAACACGUUCGCCCGUUCAGACGUGAAAAUUGAGAGUAUUGCUUACACGCUCGUCACGCAAGGCAGAUCAGAUGGGUUCAAAUCCCGGCAUGGCUAUUGGAUUCGAUCGUCACAACCAGGACAGUUACUGGGUCGCCGUUCGAUGAGUCGGGCACACCAAUCGCAUCGCUCAAGUGUGAACACGUUCGCCCGUUCAGACGUGAAAAUUGAGAGUAGUGCUUACACGCUCGUCACGCAAGGCAGAUGUCCGGGGUUCAAAUCCCGGCAUGGCUAUUGGAUGU